GCAUAAUACCCAUGAUCGAUACUAGCGGAGUACCAGAUUGGAAACUGCAACAGUACCCACAAACUCCAACGACCUGCACUCAUUCUUGUUAGCCAACCGGCGUAAGCCGGCUGGAGCUGUCCUCAAUACUGCACCUUGAUCAUUCAACAGAUGAUGUGCCGCGGGGCUGGUGUAAUAUCGGACAGCCAUAGGUCAAUGAGGACCACAACGUCGACCGUCUCGUGACACAACACGAUGGAGCUUAUGUUGAUUCGUGAGGUCAUAAGCUCAACCCAUGACUAUGGCUGUAUGGGGCUUGGGGUAUAUAUGAAGCGACCUCCCGCUCUAGUGCCCAUACACCGGUCAAUCUUGAUUUGACCUUAAUCAGAUCUAACCUUUCCGUACAGAAUCUACAGCGAUGAUGACAGGCUCAAAGUCAGACAAGAUGAAGCCACUCCCAGGCUUCAACGUGGCGAACGUGUUCGAGAAGCGGCAGUUGCUCGUCGCCAUCAACUCGAUGGCGGCGCUAUCCAUUUUCUUCUUUGGCUACGACCAAGGCAUGAUGGGCGGAGUGAACAAUGCUAAGAACUACAUCGAUCUCAUGGGGUUCGGAUACGUCGAUCCGGACACGAAAGAGCCGAUUGUGACGGAUGGUCUGCUGCAGGGUGGGAUUGUGUCAGUGUACUACCUUGGCACGCUGUUCGGAUGUUUGUUGGGAGGCUGGAUUGGCGAUAAGGUCGGGAGGGUGAAGACGAUUGCUGUAGGUGCGGUGUGGGCGAUUAUUGGUGCUGCGUUGCAGUGCUCUGCUAUGAAUCAUCAGUGGAUGAUAUGCGCUCGAGCUGUGAACGGGAUCGGCACUGGGAUUCUGAACGCAAUCGUCCCUGUCUGGGCCACUGAGACUGCUGAACAUACUUCUCGAGGCCAGUUUAUCGCCAUCGAGUUCACGUUGAAUAUCUUCGGCGUUGUUGUGGCAUACUGGCUCGAAUUUGGCCUAAGCUUCAUCGAUGGAGGCAACUCGGCGGUCCGUUGGAGAUUUCCCAUUGCUUUUCAGAUAAUCCCGCUGCUGAUACUCCUGGGGUCUAUCUGGUUCUUCCCCGAAUCCCCUCGGUGGCUGGUCAAAGUCGGACGAGAUGAAGAGGCGCGGUACAUUCUGCACCGUCUGCGCGGCUCUUCUAGGGACGACGCUCAACGUGCUGAACUGGAGUACCAAGAUAUCUGGAAUAUUGCGCAGCUGGAGCUCAAGGAGUCCAAGAAUAACUCUUACUUUCAUAUGCUUUUUGGCAUCGGAUCGGGCGAAUUGCACACUGGCCGCCGGGUUCAGUUAGUCAUCUGGCUCCAAAUUCUUCAGGAAUGGGUCGGCAUUGCUGGUGUAACUAUCUACGCGCCCACCAUCUUCCGCAUUGCUGGGUUUGAUACCGAGAAGAGUCAGUGGAUCAGUGGGCUCAACAACAUCUUUUACAUGUUCGCGACCUUGAUCUGUGUAUUCACUCUGGAUCGGAUUGGGCGGAGAUGGACACUGUACUGGGGUGCCGUUGGCCAAGGUAUCUCCAUGUUUCUUGCGGGAGCAUUCUCUCGGCUUGGGCAAGACGCUACUCGUAAUGGGGAUUUGUCCAAGGCGAACUCAUAUGGAGCCGCAGCCGCAGCGUUCGUCUUCAUAUUUACGUCCAUCUUUGGUGCCACGUGGCUUACGGUGCCAUGGUUAUACCCAGCCGAGAUAUUCCCUCUCCAAGUCCGAGCCAAAGGCAACGCAUGGGGCGUAUUUGGAUGGAGCAUCGGAAACGGAUGGCUUACACUGCUCUGCCCCGUCAUGUUCAACGCCAUUGGAGAGAAUACGCUACACAUAUUUGCCGCGUGCAAUAUCAUCGCUAUUCCCAUCGUCUGGGCCCUGUACCCUGAGAGUAAUCAGCGAACUCUGGAAGAAAUGGACCUGCUAUUCGCGGCACCCACGCCGUGGGUUUGGGAUGCGGAAAAGACCUUUGCCCGACGCAAAGCGGAACAGCCCGAUUUGGUGCAUGCGGCGAAGAAGGGCGAGAGGGUUGUGGACCCGGAACCUGGGGUUACGGGAGUGCAUCGCGAGCAUGUGCUUGAGAACGCCGGUCAAGAGGGAUGUGAGGGGAAACUGGCGGAAUAGGAGAACUAACAUGUAGUCGGUAGCACACUGUGCGAGCUAUUCGACACAAGGCGCAACUUCUGGGAAUACUAGAAACUAGAUUCAGCUCAACAGAUCCCUCCGGGAAUUUGCAGCCAAGACGUAGAUCAUUGGUCAUAGCUUUCGCGUCGGUCACAGAUUUCGGUAGGAGCUGAGACGACUUGAAACGGUUUUCUAUUCUUGGGCAUCUUGGCACAGUAGCCCUACCAGCAAAUCGAAACCUUGGUUUAUACC